GCGGGGGGGCGGCCGGGGCAGCGCCGCCGGGGCCGGGUCGGCGGCCGGCGCACUAUGCGAGGCCGGGAGGAUGGCGGUGGAAGCUAUCCAUUGCAAUCUGAAUCCAAAUGGUAUUGAUCACCCCGUCCCCACAGAAGGCAUUAACCUGCAGCUGGAAGGCGAAGGAGUUGAUUCGCUGGCGGUGAAGAACACCGGUACUCCCAAAGGGCCGGAGUCUAAAGACACACCCAAGAGACAAGUGGAGCCAGAAAUAUCUAAGUCUGGGACUGUGAAGCUGACUAAGCCUGUGGCGUUAUGGACCCAGCAGGAUGUCUGCAAAUGGCUGAAGAAACAUUGCCCUAAUCAGUAUCAAAUCUACAGUGAGUCAUUCAAACAGCAUGACAUAACUGGCCGUGCUUUGCUGAGACUUACUGACAAAAAGCUUGAACGAAUGGGCAUUGCCCAGGAAAGCCUGAGACAGCACAUUCUGCAGCAAGUCCUUCAGCUGAAGGUGAGAGAAGAAGUCCGAAACCUCCAGCUGCUUACACAAGCCCCAGCAGAGAGCUCUCCAUAAACAUUUCCAGCCUCUAAAGCUGCUGUCCUGCCACUUGAUAUGAAAGUGAACUUUCCUUCAUGAAAAAACCACAAUAAAUGGCGCUGCCAGAAGAUGACCAUGGAGGAUUGAAGACAAACUUGAAGUAAAAUCAGCCUACUCAGCUGAUACAUUCUGGGGAGACCUGGUUUGCUGUGGAGUAAAUAUGUGGUGCAAAAUAUCCAAAAUAUCUAAUUUGUUGAAAAUGGUCAUUGACAGACCUUUAGCUGGAAAAUUUCUUCCAGUCUUCAUCACUGUGCAUAACUUUUGAGUUCCCUUUAGGGGACUGUCUAUGCCCUUCACUAGAAGUCCUGUUUUAGCAUGGCAACUACUGGAUUCUUUUAUUAUGUAUGCAGAUGGCAUGAUGUUUUAGGAAAAACUUACAACAAUUCUCCAAUCUCAGUGGAUAUGUUCACAAUAUUACACCCUGAUAGGAAUGUAAACGUCUUGUAUGUGUUAGUUUUGCAGUCUAAUGGUAUUCUGUUAAACAAUAUCAGCACUUCAUAUGUGCUUUUCUCACAGAACUAGCACAGUCCAUAUAUAUAUAAUGGUCCUUUUUUAAAAUACUGAGGAUAUGUUUCAGUGUUUGUGCUGAGACUGCAUCCAAACUAAGCCCAGUACUAGCAUCCCUUCACUGGUUCACAGUAGGUUGUGUAGAUAGAUUUGCACGUGGCAGAGAUGUGACUUCUUUUAUCAAGACUUAGAGAAGAGCUGUCACAGAGGUAGCCAAAACCAGGGUAGUUUGAAGGAGCUGUAGGAUACUGUGUCUGCUCUCCCUCUCACCCACCAAAUGUCAAAGGGUCCUGUUGUUGGUGUGCCAGUGUGUUUCCUAACUCAGCGAGGGAGAGGCAAGGGAGAGCCUUUCUCAGACAUGUAUGUGACCCUGGGUUUGGUCUGCAAUAAAACCAGAAUAAACUGGAA